AUUGCUUGGAAUUUGGAAAUUUAUUAAACCAGGGAGGAAAAUGGACGACAUAUUGGACGAGACAACGUUUAAUGCCAACAUUAGACAGACUGCUCGAUCCACUCUUCUGCGACCUGAAUCGACUAUUCACAAGGAGUUGAUCGAAUACGCAGCGUCUUCUUGCCGAAUGUUCUACAUUCAGGACGCUUCCGCCUGGCAGGAAUGGUCAACGACAAACGAGGCUUUCCAAGACCUCUCCGCCCAGGUAGUCUGUAAAAUAUUCCUGACCGACGUACUGCCCCAAUUGGACACUUACGAGCUCACGGAGAAGGUCAAGGAACGCUUGAAGCUCUUGGACCUGCAUCCAUUCUUCCGACGCGUUGGCCAGGGCUAUAAGUACACUCCCGAUUGCGACCUGGCAAGUCGAUUCGUACUGCAACCCCAACAAGAUUUCCUUCUAACUGGCGAUAUCCAGAAAUCCAAGGAAAGUACUUCCGAAGGAAGAUCCCAAAUCGUGCUUAUAGACAACGAAGAAUUACAGAGAAAGACCUGUGUUGGAUACAACAGCAAAAUCACUCACGAGUCUGCCGUUUUGUUUUCGGCUUUGCUUUCCACGGACCAGGAGCUUUCUAUUGGCCAAAUGCACGAUCUGGGUGAGAUUCACCAACGUUUGCGACAGGCCAAACAGAAUUUCGAGGACCGUGCCAGAGUUACUCCAUUUCGUGAAAACAUUGAUGGUCUAACUGACGAUGUAGAGGUAUUUGCUAAUAUGAAGUCUAAACUUUGUAAGGUAAUGAGUGAUCUUAAAAAGUAGUAGAGCAAUUAAGUUUAACUUGUAUUUAAUCUAUUUUAUUACAAUUCCGAAAACUAUGAGAUUAU